AAGCUGAUGAUGCACGCCAAAUGGCAUUGUACACCAUCUGUUAAUAACAGAGUUAUGGCCUUUUGUAUUUUGAAAAAAUGCUUUUUUGUGUGUCUGGAGCCAUAUCUUAAAAGUGCUCUGGCUGAUUUCAUUGAAAUUUGGUAUGAGUAUAUAUAUAUAUGGAUUGGAGGAUGAUGCAUGCCAAAUGGCAUUGUACACCAUCCGUUAAUAAUGGAGUUAUGGCCCUUUGUAUUUUGAAAAAAUGCUUUUUUGAGUGUCAAAUAUAACACUUAUGUGUCCAGAAACAUAUUGGUGGGGGAUAUCAAUUAAACGAAUUUGAUUGUUAUAAAUAAAAACACAGACUUGACUAACUGUGACAAACUGUACUUACCAUAAUUACUCUAAGUUUUUGGACACUCUAAGUUUUCAGUAAUCCCCUUUUUUGGCCAAAAUAAUUAUUUUUCGUGACGCUUGAUUUUCGGACAUGCGUGUUUUCUUCUAUCAUUAAUGACUCUAAAUUUUCGGACAGUAUAUUUUAAAGCGCUGUUUUACCAGAUUUCAGCACUGUAUUCACUAAUCUUGUGACUUCUUGAUCAUGGGGUUUUACAAACGGAUUAAGGUCAUAAAAUCUGGGAGACGCAUGCCUGAGGGCAAUGUACCAUAACAUUUGUUAAGACAAUUGAUUAUCUGAUAAAGCUGCAAACUUUGAUACUCACAUGACAUACAUGUAUACACAUUGCGAAUUUUGAAAAAUUACUAUCAUCAUAUCAUAUCAGUACGACCUAUAUACAAACUUUAAAUUGGACAUUAUUGUAAGCUAUUCAGAAAGUUAGUAUGGAAAUUUAAAAUUGGCCAGUUGCCAUGGCUACACAGGAGUUUCUGGAGAACUGUGGAGUCCAUAAUGGGAAGAAACUAGCAUUGUUCUGUGAGGACCACAGCCAGCUGUGCUGCGAUACUUGCAUUCUGAGUCAUAGUCAGUGUUCAAACGUAACCUUGAUUGCAGACACUGCUGCAACAGACCGUCAGCAGCUGUCAGCCAAGAUUAAUACCAUUCUGGAUCAACUUAUAAAGCUGCAAACAGACUGGGAGAGCAACCUGAAGUCACUGCAAGUGUCAUAUGAAGAGAGGCUUAAAGAGGUGAGAUUAAUGAGAAGGCAAAUAAAUGCCCACUUAGAUGAGCUGGAGAAGGCCACACUGAAGGAAAUGGAUGAACUGAAGGCCAGCUGGAAUGCGUCCCUCAAGUUUGAUGUUGACACAUGCUCCAGGCUUCACACUGAGCUUACACGUCUCAGUGAUGCAAUUCAGGAAAUUGGGAAAAAGAACAAAGAGUUGGCCUUCAUAGCCCAUCAGAAAAGUGAAGAGAUGAUAAAACAAGUGGACAAAUAUCUGAACAAAAAUUUAAUAAAAACAGAAUUGUCCUUAAAGUUUAUCAUUUACAAUGACAUUAAUGGGUAUUUAUUCCAACUCACAGGUCUUGGCCAUACCAUACAUAUUGCAAAGGAAUUGACCACGCUGGGGAGCCCAGACCAGGCUAUCAUAGUCACAGGGGCAACUCCAGUUAGUGUGAGAAUACCAAGUGAUAUUAAUGAGACCUAUCAUAUCAACGGCGUAUGUGGUCUGUUCAAUGGUCAGAUACUUGUUACAGACUGUAAUAAUAGAACACUGAAGCUGUUGGAUCUGCAGCACAAGGUGGUCAGUGUCUGUGAUAUGUCUUACCUUACGCUUGACAUCUGUCUGCUUACACCCUGUCAGGUAGCAGUCGCUCUGGACAGUAAUUGUAUUCAGUUUGUCUCAGUAAACAGUGGACAGCUGGUGAAGGGCAGGAGCCUUUUUUUCACACAUGACUGUACAGGAGUCACCCAUCACCAGGGGGAUCUGUAUAUAACAUCCAAUACUGCUCUGUACAAGUACAAUCUCACUGGCACACUGGUGAACAAGAUGUAUGAGGAUACAUCUUCUUCUGUUACUGCGCACAGUUGUGCAGUGAGUCCCAGUGGUGACAGGAUCUAUGUUACCAACAAUCGCCAACACAAGCUCCUCACCCUGGCCAAGGAUGGGACUGUUAUCUCCACCUUUACUGACACAGAACUACGAGGCCCAUCAGGGGUGCAUGUUACACCAGCAGGACAAGUGCUUGUUUGUGGAUUCGCGUCCAACACUGUCAUACAGGUGGACAGAGAGGGCAAGAAGAAGAUUGCUACACUGGCUACAGAAAAGGAUGGAAUUAAAAAAUAUCCUCGAUCAGUCUUUUAUAAUCAGAAAUCUGGCUCUGUCAUUGUGGGACAAUGUAAUGAGAAUAUCGUGGUGUUUAAUAUAAAAUGAAAUCAACUUCUGAGGAAACACCAUAAUUAUUAACAUUUUACAUAAAUAUUUACAUGUUCAGCCUAUUGAAAGACUACGUUAUUUAAAUGUAAAAAGAUUGAUGUCAAAUAUUGUUCUUUCGUUUUACUUUUUUAUUUGUUGAUAAAGAAAAACCUUAAUUCAAGAAAACAAGUGAAGAUGCUUUGGCAUUCACUGUAGAACACUUAUUUUUGUAUAGAAUUUUAAGUUCAAUAGAUUACUUUAAUAAACAAUAAACACAUUGUGUGUUUAAUAAACAAUAAACACAUUGUGUGAAAUUGUAUUUGAACAUUCAUCUUAUAAUUUAUUGUUUUGCCUACUUCAAUAUGUAACAUUAAUUACGCAUUUUAUACUGUUUACCUCUUUGUUGAAAGAAGGGUGCGACAGUUUGUGAUGUUACAUUCUUUUUGUGUGUGUUAUAUUGCCAUCAUUAUUUUGUUAUUAUUAUUAAUUGUGUUAUUAUUAUUAGUAUUACUAUAAAUAAUAAUAGUAUUAUUGUUAUUAUAAUUAUAAUAAAUGGUGUUUAUUUUCAUAAGAAGUAAGUUAUAAAACAUAUAUAAUCAAAACUUAGGAACAAUGUCAAUUUUUUUCCUUAAGCAAAGACUUGGGAAACAGUUCAAAAUAUUUUCUUCUCUACUUCGUGAAAAUAUUUUCGACUGUUACCAUUAAUUAUUUCGAUUGAAUAUAUGUGUAAUUUUAAAAAUACUGAUAUUAAUUUGAUGGUUAUGGCUAAAACAGUAUUUUUCGGCUAUCUUGUAUUGCAAAUUUUAGCCAAUGUUGCUGAUCCAAGCAAGCUUUAUAUCUUUGUUAAGUAAAAUUUAAGUUUUAUUUUUUUUAUUUUCAAAUUUUGAAGUAUGAAAGGUCCAUGAACAGUCUGAAGUAUGUUGGUUAACAAAUGAAAAGCAGUGGGUCUCAUAUAUUUAGUAAAAUAACAUGCCCAUUAUGUGUAUUUUCCUGAAUGAAAAAUGUACGGGUGCACACUUUUUUAGAAAUAUAGUAUUGUACAAUUAUCAUACAUUACUUGCUUAUUUAGUGAAUUAAAGCAUUUUAAACUUGUC